AUGCUGAAUUCGUCAGAUGAAGAAUUCACCUAUUCAAGUCCGGGAUCCAUGACUCUAUCACCCCCCACAUCUUUGUACCUCACAAACUCCAGAGAUCAAGACGAAGAGGCCGUAGCUUCUGACUUGGAUAUUGAUAAGCCAGCUAGUCUAUCUUCCAGAAGUUUGAAUCAGCCUGUUUCUAGAGCUCGGAGUCGAAGUACAAGUGCCACAAGGCGAGGUUCCAGCAAAUUGCGGCCUAGAAGAAACUCUAGGCAUAGAGAUGAAUUGACAACUAUGGCUAAAGUUUUCAAAGACCUUCUGAUCAUGGAAGAAACUAUUCGCCAACAGUUACAGCAACAGAAGUUUCUUCGUCGCAAAUACACGCUGUUUUGUUCACUUUUAUGUGGACUCAUUGCAUUUUGUAUUUACCAACUGUACUUUAGCAAUACAGACCAACUACCUACGGGUUUUUGGCUGAUCACGUACCAGUUUCUAUCAAUCAUUACCACUAUCACCUUGGUUCUUUUCUACUUGAGUGGAGAGUACCAUAGAACGAUUGUAUUGCCAAAAAAGUUUCUCAUCACAACCAACAAAGGUUUAAGACAAUUGAAUCUCAGAGCCGUGAGGGUGAAAGCACCUUGGGGUGACGUCUUAUCUGAUAUUUCCAGAUUUGUUCUUCGCUUACUAUACAACACUAUCAAGUUCGUUUACAAAGGCACAUCCGAAUCUCAGUGGUGCCAAGAGCUGUAUCUGAGGUCGCAAGAAAGGAUAGGGGCUACAGAAAUCAAACUGGUACUCAAUUCUCGUUCAUUCUCUCCUGCUGUUAGAGAAAGUUGGGAGUUGUAUCGAAACGAGUUUUGGGCCAGGGAAGGUGCCAGAAGACGAAGUAGUAUUCGGGGGCCUGUCGGAACAACGCGUAAGGCACGUAUGAAGACCUCUGCUCCCUCUUGA